UGACACACUCAGCUGUUAUCACUCUAAUCUGAUAAAAACAAAUACAUUUGGGAAAAAUAUUAGAAGAAACACAACGUCUAGCUAAAACAAUUUAUCAUAUAUAAAAUACAAAUACUCGAAAUAUUUAAGUACAAAAUUGUGAAAAACCAAAAAUGGCCACCAAAGUAGUUGCCACCGCCACUGUAAGGGCUUUGAAAGGACGUAAACUCUUGCCUACAAGGGCAGCAUUGACAUUGACUCCCUCGGCAGUGCAGCGUAUAAAAGAUUUACUCAAAGGACAACCAGAAUAUACUGGACUAAAAGUUGGUGUGCGACAACGUGGUUGCAAUGGUCUUUCAUAUACAUUAAAUUAUGCAAAGGAAAAAGACAAAUUGGAUGAGGAGGUUGUACAGGAUGGCGUUAGAGUUUAUAUAGAUAGAAAGGCUCAGCUCUCAUUAUUGGGCACUGAAAUGGAUUACGUGGAAUCUAAGCUUGCCAGCGAAUUCGUAUUCAACAACCCCAACAUUAAAGGCACAUGCGGUUGCGGUGAAUCGUUUAGUAUAUAAACUGUUAGUCUGAAUUGGAAAACAAAUUUGGAGGUUAUUAUUACUUAAGGAAAUCGAAGGAAAGAAAGAAAACGUUAGUUAAUACUAAAAUUAGACAUUGUAAAAUAAAAUAGAUGGGCAUAUAAAGUAA